AAUACAGUAGAGAAGCUAGAUAUGGUGAUAUCCAAUAAUUCCUUAACAAUGAUCGGAUGUUCAUUAGAUAAAGAAUGCACCCAAUUCCGGCUUCCGCCGCGGGGCAGAAAAAAAGUCUCGGGCGGUGACACAUCGGACGGCGGGGGCCAUUGAAACGGUCCGUAUUUGAGCAGACAUCAAUUGACUCAUCGUCGCUGCAGGAAGAGAGCAUUCAAGACCUCCUCUCUCUUUUUAUUUUCAUAUCCUUUGGCGUACAGCUAGCCAGCAAGGCCUGCGAAAAUGGCUACGCCACUUCUCGUUUCCUUCGACCCCUCCUCCCCCGCCGAGGGGCUCUCUCUUCAGCAGAUCUCGUACUUUGGUCGCGUUCUGAUCAAAGCUAAGAGUCUGUCGCAAGCCUCUGAGUUUAUCAGCAAGAACUUCCCCCUUCUCGAUGUCUACGUUGACGCCACGGAGAUCGCCUCUGUCGGAGACAUCGUCGACAUUCUGAACGCCGGUGCCGCAAAAGCAUUCGUUUCGCUGGAGCAAUUGGAGGCCCUGUCGAAGGAGCAGGAUGUUUCCUCGACACGACUGGUCGUUUAUGCCCCAUCUAGCAAAGAAGUACAGACUGUCAAGAGUUGGAUUGCUGAGAAUGAGGAGAGGAAGGAAAUUGGUGUCUUCACCAACCCCGCCGAAGUGAAGAACGUUGCGGAAACACUCAACAUUGAUCUUGAGGCGCAGAGGCUUUACGCAUCGUUUGUCGGACAGUCUGUGACGGAGGAUUCUGUGAAGGCUUCUUUGGGACAAGGCGCCGUCAGCAUUGUACCAUCGCAGGCAUUGACCUUUGAAAAGGAGGCGGGAAACAAGAUCUCCGCUGGCAAGCUGGUGGCUGCGCGUGGAGUCGCGGACCAGAACUCGGGUCUCUAUGCUACAACGGUCACGGAUGAGAGAGGCAUUCUGCUUGGAUUUGUCUGGAGCAGCGACGAGAGCAUUGCGGAGGCUUUGAGGACGGGGACUGGAGUCUACCAGAGCAGAAAGCGAGGAUUGUGGUACAAGGGACAGUCCAGCGGGGACACCCAGGAACUUAUCAGGAUUGGCUUCGACUGCGACAGCGAUUGCUUGGUUUUCGUCGUGAAGCAGAAAGGCAGAGGAUUCUGUCACCUUGGCACGGCCAGCUGCUUCGGGCCAUCUGCAGGUCUCUCUCACCUCCAGAAGACAUUGGAAGCUCGCAAACAAGAUGCACCCGCCGGAUCGUAUACCGCCAGGCUUUUCAACGACCCCAAGCUUGUGCAGGCUAAAAUCAUGGAGGAGGCGGAGGAGCUGUGCCAGGCGAAGACGAAGGAGGAGAUCGCUUUUGAGGCUGCAGACCUGCUGUACUUCGCUCUCACGAAGUGCACCGCUGCUGGAGUUAGCCUGAAGGAUAUUGAAAGAAAUCUUGACCUGAAGAGCUUGAAGGUCAAGAGGAGAAAGGGCGACGCCAAGGGUCCCUGGGCCGAAAAGCUCGGCCUUACGAAGCCCGCAGAGACAAAGACGGCGACUCCUGCUCCCAAGGAGCAGCCUGCGGCCAGUGAUAACAGUGGUCGUAUCGAGAUGAAGCGUAUUGUCACUGCUUCUACCCCAGCCAACGUGGUGAAGGAUGCUCUCAAGCGCCCGUCCCAGAAGUCCAAUGAGGCCAUUCUCGGUUUGGUCCGCCCUAUUGUCCAAGAUGUCCAUGACAAUGGAGAUGCCGCUGUCCUCAAGUACACCCACAAGUUCGAGAAGGCUACGUCACUGACAUCGCCGGUUCUCCGUGCGCCGUUCCCUGAAAGUCUGAUGCAGCUGUCUCCUGAGACUAUCAAGGCCAUCGAUGUCAGCUUUGACAACAUCAAACGCUUCCACAGCGCCCAGCAAGACAAACCACUUGUGUUGGAGACCAUGCCAGGAGUAGUCUGCUCGCGCUUUUCGCGACCAAUUGAAAGAGUUGGACUCUACAUCCCCGGUGGAACCGCUGUUCUUCCUUCAACUGCCCUGAUGCUGGGAGUACCAGCAAUGGUGGCAGGAUGCAAGAAGAUCGUUUUUGCCACUCCUCCUCGAUCUGACGGCAGCGUAUCCCCCGAGAUUGUUUACGUUGCGCACAAGGUCGGCGCAGAGAGCAUUGUGCUGGCUGGUGGCGCGCAGGCCGUUGCUGCGCUAGCCUAUGGUACGGAGAGCAUCACCAAGGUCGACAAGAUCCUGGGUCCGGGUAACCAGUUUGUGACUGCAGCCAAGAUGAUGGUAUCCAACGAUACUUCUGCAGGUGUCAGUAUCGACAUGCCAGCCGGGCCCAGUGAAGUCUUGGUUGUGGCAGACAAGCAGGCUAACCCGGCCUUCGUUGCUUCUGACCUGCUGAGCCAGGCCGAGCACGGUGUGGAUUCUCAGGUGAUCCUCAUCGCAGUUGAUCUCAACGAGCAGGAACUGGCAGCCAUUGAAGACGAGGUUGAUAAGCAGGCCAAUGCCCUGCCACGUGUUGAUAUUGUGAAGGGAUCCAUCGCUCACUCGGUUACCUUUGUGGUUAAGGAUAUUAAGGAGGCCAUGGAGCUCAGCAAUGACUACGCCCCUGAGCACUUGAUCCUUCAGGUGCAAGACGCCGAAAAGGUCGUUGAUCUGGUGGAGAACGCCGGAAGUGUGUUUAUCGGUCCCUGGACACCCGAGAGUGUGGGCGACUACUCUGCUGGUGUCAACCACUCUUUGCCAACGUACGGCUACGCCAAGCAGUACUCUGGUGUGAACCUGGGCUCGUUCGUCAAGCACAUCACCAGCUCCAACCUUACUGCUGACGGUCUGUACGGUCUGUCCUCGACCGUGGAGUGCCUCGCCGCUGUGGAGGGUCUGGAUGCGCACAAGAGGGCCGUCAGCAUCAGAGUUGCUGCUAUGAAGAAAAGCCAGGCAUAGGCUAUUAUCGCAUGAAUGAUGUCUGUUGGUUUGAUUUUCCGAAAGUAUGACCUCUUUGCCUCACCUUAUCUAUUAUCUGUAAAUGUUACGAUUAUAUGCCUUGGCCUGGAAUUAUAGAAUGAACGCCGGAUCAGAAAAAGUUAUUGUACUCUACAUCUAAUCUAACCUCUCGGUUGUAUCUCUUGACUGGAGAAGGACGCUGCUGCAUAUCGAAGUCAUGACAAAAGCUGUCUGAUCCCGCUAUACUGGAAAUAUAGU